CGAGCGCGUUCAUCGCCCCGUCGGCGUUUUUGGGAGCAUCGUCUCCUGCUGGGCGAAUGGCGGCGGCGGAGGGGUCCACGGGACUGUCGAUGGUGGCGGCAGGACCCGACGCGAAAGUUUUGGAGCAGCCCCUGAUCGCGGAUGACAUCACGCAGCUCAUCGGCAAGACGCCGCUUGUCCGGCUAAACCGAGUUACCGAAGGGUGCGAGGCUACCAUCCUCGCCAAGCUUGAGUCCAUGGAGCCCUGCAACUCCGUCAAGGACAGAAUCGGACUCAGCAUGAUCGACGAAGCGGAGAAGCGCGGACAGAUCAAGCCCGGCGUGACGACUCUCGUGGAGCCGACGAGCGGCAACACUGGUAUCGCGUGUGCCAUGGUUGCGGCGGCGAGGGGCUACGACAUGGUCCUCACCAUGCCGGACAGCAUGUCCCUCGAGCGCAGGGUGUUGCUUAAGGCGUUCGGUGCCCGGCUGGUGCUGACGCCCGCGACGAAGGGCAUGGGAGGAGCGGUGGCGAAGGCGGAGGCUAUCGUGUCCGACCUCGGGGAGAACGCCUUCAUGCUCCAGCAGUUCAACAACCCUGACAACCCCAAGAUCCACCGCGAGACCACCGGACCCGAGCUGUGGACGCAGACCGCCGGGAAGAUCGACGCCCUCGUGGCCGGGGUGGGCACCGGCGGGACCCUGACCGGAUCAGGCCAGUACCUGAAGGUCAUGAAGCCUGCCGUCAAGCUUUGCGCGGUGGAGCCCGUCGAGUCUGCGGUCCUCUCCGGCGGCAAGCCCGGCCCGCACAAGAUCCAGGGGAUUGGGGCCGGCUUCAUCCCCGGCAACUGCGACACGUCCCUCAUCGACGAGGUUCUUAAGGUGACGUCGGACGAGUCGAUGGCCAUGGCCCGCGAGCUUGCGAAGAAGGAAGGGCUCCUUGUUGGUAUCUCCGCUGGCGGUGCCGUCCACGCCGCGCUGGACCUGGCGAAGAAGCCGGAAAUGAAGGGCAAGACCAUCUGCGUCGUCAUUCCUUCCUUCGGCGAGCGGUACCUGUCGACAGCACUUUUCUCCAACAUCCUUGACGAGGCCAAGGAGCAGAAGGCAGAGGACUAACCUACAAAGUACCGCGCUUUAACGUGGAAAAGUAGCUGAUUCGAGCAAGCGCAUCGUCACGCUUCCGCGUAUCUUCCGAUUAAUUGAGCCGUGUCUCGUUGUCGGCGAAUGACAAUCUACCUGCAGCAUACAUGGUAGAUUACGUGGAUUCCAUUCGUGAUUGAUUGGUGGUGGCAAAAGAGUCAAGGAAAUCAAGCUUGAUGUGCUGCUGCGGUAAUAUACGUGUACAUGAAAACGCCAAGUAAUUCGGCAGGAGCACGGCAUGUCCUCGUUUCGUGCCCCCGCUCAAGGGCACUGAAAGCGGUCAUAACGCACACAUGGAAAUGUCUCGUCUGUGCCGCCGACGCCUUCUGAGUCUUGUUGAACUCCCAUCGACGGUUUUUCACGAGGGACCGGUUCGAACAACCAGGGUUGUCGGUUAUUUCUUGAAUUCGUUGGAAGUGUACCACGAAAGGCUUGAUUGACUUCGCGCGUUGCUUGUUUGGUGGUCUGUAAUAGUUUUGCAACUAGGGUUCCUAGGUAAAGCAACGGUAGGUUGAUGGAGGUAAUUGCUGUUUUCCAGUGAACGGUUUUUCGAGUUUGUGUCCUUUCGACGACGUGACUGCUGGUGUCGCGUGCGCUAGGUUGGGAUGAAAGACAGAGACAAGACUUUUGCAAGUACGGCCGGAGAGGAUAGGGUUAGCUUUUAUUAAUGAUGCCAUCCGCCGUCGGCGACCAUGGUGUACGUACAUACGUAUGUAUGCAUAACGGGCGGGUGUUGCUCAUAUCAUCUACGGCACGGAAUUGAUUAGCAGUUGCGCGCAGAUGCUGUAUAGAAGUUUUUGUUCGUUAGAACACGAGAGGCAGCUUAUUGCGCGGAUCAAAGUCAUCUUUAAAGUGUGGAUACUUG